AUGUCGGCCCUCCUGGCGCAGCUGCGGGGCUACAGCCGCCUAGGCGGAAGUGGCAGUGAGCUGCCCACCACUGCUGAGAAGCAGCAGCAACAGCAGCAGCAGUCGUUGAUCCGCCUCGGCGCCCACAAGCGGCUGGUUCGCGUUGUUGUUGGGCUUGGUGUCUUGUGUUUCCUCGCAUACACUUGUCCUCCCAUCGACAAAGAGACGCGGCGACUCGGCGGCUCGCCCGGUUUCUACUAUCUGGAGAACGUAUGGUACAACAACCGAACGUUCCACGCAUACAGCUCCCUGCCAGACGCGCUGCCAAAGCAGGACGAGACCCUGAGCGCACUGGGAUUUGUCGUCGCGGAACAUGCGCGCGAACAGGCCCCAGACGUUUGCUUUGCGGGCACGACUCUCUUCCUGAACGAAGGUGCUGGCGACGCAUGGAGUGGCAUGUACCACUACUACCACUUUGCUGCCGAGAACGUCCUCGGCGGCCUGGCGGCCAUGGCCACCUGGGCCGGGGCCAGGGACCUCGUCCUGGGCAAGGGUAUGGGCAAGGGCAAGCACGGCGCGGCACGCGACCGCUACGUUCCAGACCAGAUCAUCGUCCCCUGGGAUAACAGGUGGCACGACGUGUACGGCAUGAACGACAUGGUCGUCGAGGGUAUCUGGAACGACCAGCACCUCGGCCCCGACCAGUGGGCGGUCCUCGAGGAGGAUAUGGAGGGCUCGGACGGGUGGAUCUACUUUGAGCGCAUCGUCAUCGUGGAUCGAUGGGCAGCACACCGCCACUCGCCCCAAGUUGAGAAGUGGUACAAGAUGGCAGCAGGCAUCUUUGAGGAGCACCACCAGCCUCACUUCUUUAGCGGCGCACGCAACCGUCUCCUGCACCACUACGACAUUCACCCACGGAAACCGUCCGACCCCCAGCAAAUUGUCUACAUUGAUCGUCAGAACAGUGACCGCAAGCUGCCGGACGCGACACACACGGAGCUGUUGCGCCAGCUGGAAACGUUUUCCGAGACCGAGCGUGUCGAUUUUCGGUAUCUCAAACUAGAGGACAUGUCGCCCAGAGACCAGAUCGAGGCCGUGGCUCGUGCUAGUAUCAUGCUAGGCGUUCAUGGUAAUGGCCUCACACACGAACUGUGGCUGCCAGAAGACUCGACUGUCAUUGAGCUCUGGCCUCCUCACUCAUUCCAACGCGACUAUGAGUGUGUGGCUACCGUCUUGGGCCACGAGUAUGUCGCCAUUCGCAACGACUCGAUCUACACCAAGCAGCAGCAGACGAGCCACACCAAGGGCCCUGACGAGUUGCACAGCGGCACCCCAAUUCUUCUCGAUGUCCCCUUCUUCAUGUCUGUUCUCAAGGGUCUUGUUCGUGGUUAA